UAGCCCCCUCCUUAAACAUUUUCCUCUCCUCCCUCUCCUGUCAGUUUCUGAACUAGUUCAACUAGCUACAGCCCUAGCUCCCUGACACCUAGGCUCCCUCUUCUCCCCUCCCAUCUCAGGCUUUCUCCAGAGUGGGAGGGGAGCAUCUGGACAGGGGGGCAUUCCCCCCCAAUCUUCCUUCCCCUUCUCAAUUCGAUGGAGUGGCCUCUACCCCAGAUGACCUGGGUGGGAUUCCUCAUCGGGUUCUUGGGUUCCUGUGCCGAGGCCUUUCUGAUCCAUAACCCUGGGCUGGAUGCCUGCCUCCAGGUGGACCCCCAGGGUGGGGAGCAGAUCUCCCUGGUCACUUGCCACCUUGACGCUGAGCCCCAGCAGUGGGGCUGGGACCCAGUCAGUCGAGCCCUUUUUAGUCUGCAUGUCCCCGGGUGCCUUGCCAUAGGGGAGGCUCGGGAGUUUGCUGUGGCCCAACUGAGCCACUGUGGGGGCCCCCUGCACCAGACCUGGGGCUGCUCCCGCAAGGGUCACUUGAGCCUGCAGGGCCUCGGUCUCCACCUCCACGGACGGCUUAAUACCCAGGAGAUCUUUGUUCUCCGUCGGAAGGACAAGUUCAGUCGUUGGAAGGCGGUGCCCGGAAUGGCCAAUGUCUGCUCUGAGACCCCGGGGCCAGGGGUUGGGGACCAGCGUCCUGACCAGGAGCCCAUCACAGCCAGAGCUGAAACCACUGUUUCUCUGGCGCGAAAUGAGGAGGAUCUGUCUUCGUGGGACUCUGUAGGAACAGCCAACGUCACUCCCACUAGCAACUUCACCCAUACACCUUCCCCAACCUGGGUGGAGGGAGCUCUGGUGGCCGAAAAAGGUGAAUUUUUGUUUCCACAGCCCAUCCACAACCUGGAUUGGGCAAACUGGAAAACAGCUAUGAUGGUCCUGAGCCCACUAGCAGUUGUCUUGGGAGUCACCAUCCUCAUCCUCAAUAUCUGUUAUAACAGGAAAAAGAAAAAGAAAGCUCUAGAAAACUAUUCUCAGAGUGGUCCAAGGGCCACGUUACUACCUAAGGGGGAGCUAUCCCUAGGCCAAGGAGGGCCAGGAACUCCCGAUUUACCCAUCUCCUUUGCUCCAGCCCUACAGCAUGGGGAGAUACUCAUUGAAUGGAAAGAUGGCAGUAUUACCCCGCUCUUUGUCAGCCCGUCAUCUGAAUGAUGAAUCCAACCUGCAUUUUUCAAGGCCUAGUCCUGUCCUGCAAUGAGGGGGAGAAAGAGAAGAUGCAGGUCUUGGAGCUUAUCAGAUCUGGUCCUCCUCCUGGGAGAUAGAGAACUCAAAGACUCAAGUUUAUUAGACCUAAUAAUCUUAGACUCGGUUCUUUCCUCUGGAGAUUUCUUUGUAUAUAUAUUUUGUAAUUUUUUAAUGUACAUGUAUUUUUCUCCAAAAGAAUGUAAGCUUUUUGGGGACAGACGCUGUUUCUUUUGUUAAACUAAUCUUUUUAUUGAAACAUUGUACUUUUAUUUCCAAAAACGUUUCUUCCUGCUUUCCUUCCUAGAAAGCCAUUCCUUAUAAGAUUUUAAAAUUUAAAAAAAAGUUCAGAAACCUAGCCAACAUAUCUAAAAUAUAUAGGAUUGUAUACAAUAUUUGCAAUUCCUCUACUUCAGGACAAACCUAGUUCCAGUUUUUUAAAAAAUAUUCAUUCUCUCACCUUCUAAAAUUUUUGGCAUAUCAACUGUUUAGCUUAAUUCUUGUUGCAAUGGAUUACAAUUCAGUCAACUUCCCAUGAGACUCAUUUCAUGACACACUAUAACCAAUCAAUGCAGGACACAUGUAGCAUGGCAGUGGAGAAAACAGAGCUUGGAGUUAAGUCCUGCCAGGGUCCAAAUCCCACAUUAUAUUUAUUUGCUAUGAUCUU